AUGUCUGCUACACCAUUUUACGGGGGAAUCAAGUCUUAUGACAUCCACACAUACUGGAACAACAAUAGUAAACAGCAAAGAGAUUUUGCUUACGACUUGAGGGAGAAAGUCCAGAAAGACUUUGCCAAGGAGAUAGCGGACGGGGAUAUUCGCAUCUACAAGUUCUGGGACAAACCCAUUGGACCGCACCCGAUCAACAUGUGGGAGCUAGAUUUCAAAAAGCCCGAGGUUUUUGUCAAGAUUGUGCCUUAUUUUCAACUCAACCACGGGAAGUUGUCUGUUUUGAUCCACCCAAGAUCCGACCAGGGCGACCUAAAAGACCACACUGACAACGCUCUAUGGCUCGGGCCCAAGGUUCACCUAGACACCAGCUUUUUGUAG